UGACGGCUUACGAGGAUACACCGAAACAUCUUAAAAUAUCUUUAGGAUUAGCUGUUAUCGCUUCUGACAAUCAGUUACACAUUCUAGAACUAAUUAAUUUUUUGUCAUGGAUGCAAACGAAUUGUUUGAACUAG